UUUAAGAUGGGUGCAAUGGAGGAUUAUCUUGAGUAUUAUUAUUAUGAUUAUAACAUUCGAAGAAGAAGGUUACUUAUUUGCAUAGCCAUUUGUGUUUGCAUGUUGUGGUACAAGUUACAAGAACAUAGGUUCAUGAGGAGGCCCAAAUACGGUUCUUUAUUAGAAAGAGAUUUGGAAAGAGAAAAAAGGUUAAACCGUUUAUAUAAUGGAACUGAAGCCAACUGUAUUAGUGAGUUGCGCAUGCGUAAAAUUAUUUUUCACCGGUUAUGUGGUCAUUUAAGAUCCCGUGGAUUGUUAGAGGAUAGUAUCAAUGUGUCAAUUGAGGAACAAGUGGCUAUGUUCUUGAAAUUUGUUGGUCACAGAUGGACAAAUAGAUCAAUUGGGUUUGAGUUCUUACGCUCCGGAGAGACUGUUAGUAGAUAUUUUAAUACUGUUUUGGAUGCUUUAUGUGUAUUGUCUCGUGAUAUUAUUGUCAUGAGAACUACGGAAACACAUCCAAAGAUAUCCACCAGCCCGGGAAGAUUUUUCCCAUACUUUGAGAAAUGUGUAGGAGCAUUGGAUGGCACACAUAUACCGGCAUCGGUUCCUAUAUAUAUGCAAGAUAGGUUUAGGGGUAGAAAGCACUAUCCAACACAAAAUGUCUUAGCUGCCGUAGAUUUUGACCUUAAGUUUACAUAUGUGCUGGCCGGAUGGGAAGGAUCAGCUCAUGAUUCCUUUGUGCUCCAAGAUGCAUUGUCACGGCCAUCAGGCUUAAAAAUUCCAGAAGGUCACUACUUUUUAGCCGAUGCUGGUUAUGCUGCUAGACCUGACAUAUUACCUCCAUAUCGAGGUGUCCGGUACCAUCUUAAGGAGUUUAAGGGUACUAGACGACCGGAGAAUCCAAGAGAAUUGUUCAACCUUCGCCACUCCUCUCUUAGGACAACGAUUGAGCGGGCAUUUGGCAUACUCAAAAACAGAUUUAAGAUACUUACAAGUCAACCAUUCUUCCCUUUAAAAACACAAGUCAAGAUAGUUUUGGCAUGCUGCACUUUGCAUAACUUUAUAAUUGAUGAUGGACCUGAUAUUUAUGUUUAUGAUGAUGCGACAUGGUUUCAAACUCUUCCAAGAAGCAAUCGUUCACAUGGGGAUAUUAAUAGGGACAACCAGCAAUGGGCAAUCCUACGUGAUCAGUUAGCUCAGCAAAUGUGGGAUGAGUGGGAUCAAAAUUGAUGCUUGUGCUGCUGCUUUGAGAAAUUAGAUUAAGUGUAUUGUAUGGCUUUAUGGAGACCUUAUUUAAUUAUUUAGAGAUAUUAUUAUGUGGCUGUUUUGGGAUCCUAU